CAGCUGCUUCAGACAGUCCCAUUGCUUAAACAAUCACUUCUUCCUAAGGGUGUGGUGACACCAGUCCUCCUCAUCACCACCCAGCCUCCCCAAGACUUCUGCAUGGCCAGUACUCGACCAAGGAUGGACUCUCUGUCAGUCCUCAUCUAUUUCUGUGCCACCAUGGUGAAGGUGUGCCAUGGAUUCAGUCUGGAUACCGAACAGCCAAUCACCUUCCAGGAAACAGCAGCGGGCUUUGGGCAGAGUGUAGUGCAGUUCGGAAGCGGAACAAAUGGAGGGGUGUUGGUUGGUGCCCCACUCCAGAAGGGGGAGGUGAACGAAAUGGGUAAGCUCUACAAAUGCCAGCCAGUGCCAAGCAAAUCAGGCCGUUGCCAGGAGGUCCUUUUGCAAAGACCCACUGAUGCUGUGAACAUGUCUCUUGGUAUGUCUCUCUCUGCACACAAUUCCCAGUUGCUGGUGUGUGGUCCCACAGUUCAUCAGACCUGUGGGGAAAACAUAUACCUCAAGGGCUACUGCUUUCACCUGGACCAAAAUCUGAGGGAGACACAACGCUUUCCUGAGAAGCUGCCUGAAUGUGCAAAACGGCUCACCGACAUCGUUCUCCUGAUAGAUGGCUCGGGAAGCAUUCGACGCCAUCAGUUUUCGCAGAUGAAGACAUUUUUAUCCGAGGUCAUGAAGCGUUUCCAAAAUACCGACACUCAGUUCGCUUUGUCCCAGUACUCGAACAAAUAUGAAGAGCACUUCAACUUUCUUCAGUUCAAAAAUGCUGCAGAUCCCAAUAACCUUGUUAUACCAGUAAAACAGCUGCAUGGGGCAACUCACACAGCUACAUAUAUACAGAAAGUGGUGCAUGAGCUCUUUGUCCCCAGAAAAGGAUCCCGCCAUGGUGCCUCGAAGAUUCUUAUUGUGAUAACAGAUGGGGAGAAAUCUGGAGAUCCCCUGGAGUACAGAGAUGUGAUCCCAGAAGCUGAGCAAGCUGGCAUCAUCCGCUUUGCCAUUGGGGUUGGAAGAGCGUUUGGAGCCGGUGCUGGCAGGGAAGAGCUCAAUGAUAUUGCCUCUAAACCAGUCUCAGACCAUGUUUUCUCAGUGGACAACUUUGAUGCUCUCAAGGACAUCCAGAGCCGACUUCAGGAUAAAAUUUUUGCCAUUGAAGGUACACAAUCCCAAAGUGGCAGCUCCUUCCAGUUAGAGAUGUCCCAGGAGGGAUUCAGUGCCUUGCUGACCCCGGAUGGUCCCAUGUUGGGGGCAGUAGGAGCCUAUGACUGGUCUGGAGGAAUCUUCCUAUAUGGGAUCUUGGGUAAUGCAGCCUUUAUCAAUGUGUCCAGCACCACUAAGGACAUGAAUGAUGCUUAUCUUGGUUAUUCAGUUCAGAUGGUACAAGUGAACGGUCGGAGCAGCUAUGUGGUUGGGGCCCCUCGCUACCAGCAUGCUGGCCGGGUCGUCUUGUUCAGCCAGCAAAAUUUGGAGUGGAAGCUGAAAUCAGAGCUGUCUCCAAAGGAGUCCCUCCAGAUUGGCUCAUACUUUGGUGCCACACUUUGCUCCGUGGACCUUGACAGAGACAAAAACACGGAUCUGGUUCUCAUUGGGGCUCCCAUGUACUACGACGGCGUGGCAGGAGGGAUGGUCUACAUCUGCCAGAGGCGGGGGGAGACCUUUUUCUGCAACAAGAAAUUGCAGGGGGACACCAAACAGCCCCUGGGCCGCUUUGGGGCCAGCAUAGUGGACGUUGGUGAAAUAACCGGGGACCGAUGGACAGAUGUGGCCAUUGGGGCUCCAAUGGAGGAUGAGAAUCGAGGAGCCGUCUACAUAUUCCGUGGGAACAGCGGUUCCAUCAACCCAACGUACAGCCAGCGCAUCCAAGGCUCUCUGUUUGCCAAUAGGCUUCAUUACUUUGGCCAGGCUAUUGGUGCUGGAGCAGAUCUGACUGGAGAUGGACUCCCAGAUGUAGCAGUGGGGGCUCAGGGGCAAGUGCUGCUGCUGAGGGCUCGCCCCGUGGUCCAAGUAGUGCCCAGGAUCACCUUCACCCCGUCUGUGAUCCCCAUCGCUGCCUUCGAGUGCCAGGACCAGUCCGAGCUGAACAAGGAGGUCAGCAAGGCAACUGUUUGCCUCACCAUCAAGUCGGACCCUCGGUUUACACUAGGCAGCAGCAUUUCGAACACCAUUCAAUACACCUUGACCUUGGACCCUGGUCGAUUGAAGGUUCGGGCCAUUUUUAAUGAAGGUUCAGGCUCCUCCACCAUCAGCAAUGAGAUAAAAAUGGGCUUGACGACACAAUGCAAGGACUAUCGCAUAAAGUUACCGACCUGCAUAGAAGACAGCCUCAUGCCCAUAAACCUCCGGUUGAAUUAUACCCUGAUGGGAGAUCCCAUUCCUCGUGCUGACAACCUGCGAGCCAUCCUAAACAAAGAUGAAUCCCAGCCAUUUACAGCAUCGCUACACUUUGAAAAGAAUUGUGGCACAGAUGGAGUCUGUAAAGACCGACUAAAAACCUCCUUCAAUUUCUCAGGCCUGGACACUCUGGUGGUGGGUCUGACCUCUGAGCUCAAUGCUACAGUCUUUAUCCGGAAUGAUGGCGAGGAUUCCUAUAGCACCACCCUGACCUUCUCCUACCCUUCAGCCCUGUCCUACCGCCGGUUCAUUGUUUUGCAGUCCAACAGGAAAUACAUUGUCAUUAAAUGUGCCUCCACCCGUGCUGCAGAGGAGGACCCCGUGAGGAACACCACCUGUAACAUCAACCACCCCAUUUUCCGGAGUGGGGCUGAGGUUAUUUUCAUUGCCACCUUUUCCAUCUCCCAGGAUGCAGAUCUGGGGAGUGAGGUGCAGAUCAAUGCCACAGCUGGCAGUGAAAACAACACCCCCCUCACUGAGGACAUGGUUCGCCAAGCAAAGCUGCCUGUCAAAUACGCUGUAUACAUCUUUGUUAACACUAUUGAUGAGUCAACCAAGUAUGUCGAUUUUUCUGCUGGUCAGGAAGAUGGCAGUCAGACUGUGGAACACCGAUAUGAGGUGAAGAACACCUACUGGCGAAAUGUUCCUGUCUCAGUGACGUUUCAGUUUCCCGUACAACUAAAUGGGACCAGGGUUUGGGACGCAUCCGUGGACAUGCCUCCUGAGUUGCACCACCUGGCUCAGUGUGCCCUUGAAAGACAGACUCCAGGGUCCAAGGAUUUUGUGAACCAACUAAAGAAGUAUCCCAUUGUGGACUGCUCUGUGGCUGCUUGUAAAACGAUCCUUUGCAACAUUCCAUCCCUGGAGCUGCAGCAACCUUUGGAGUUCAGGAUCAAGGGGAACAUCAGCUUCAAAUGGGUCUCCCAGACCCAGCAGAAGAAAGUGACCCUUGUGAGCUCAGCAAGGAUUUCCUAUGAUGAGAAAAAAUAUUCCCAGAAAGAGGGCUUUGUUCAGAGCCAGGGGAAGACUGUGGUGGAAUUCUUGGAGCCCUACAACUACCUUCCCAUCAUCAUUGGGAGCAGCGUGGGAGGACUCAUCCUCCUUGCUCUGAUUGCUGCAGUUCUGUACAAGGUUGGCUUCUUCAAGCGACAGUACAAGCAGAUGAUGGAUGAGGCUGCAGAUGGUGAGGUGGCUGGACCCCCGCAAGACAGUGGCGCUGACAUCAGCCCUGCUGCUGCGACGAAAGGAUAACACCACCCACCCACCCACUCCAUUCCUUCUGUAGGGUGUGUCUUCUGGCCCUCCCACAAUACUCAAAUGGAUGGAACAAGAAGAGAGGACUGCUCCAGAGGGUAGCUGAGGUCUGCUUCAUAGACUGCAGUUUCCUUAAAUAGGAAGGGCUUUGAUGGCAGGGAAUGACCAUCUGUGUGUAUGAACCAUCCACACAAUGAAAUACAGUAUGUACAUGUGGGAUUGUCACAGGUGAUCACCUAAAUCAGGAAUAGGGAACCUGUGGCCCUCCAGGUGUUGUUGUUUGACUCCCUCCCAUUAUCACCACCCAGUGUGGCCAAUCGAUAGAGAUGAUGUCCAACAACAGCUACAGGUUUCCUGAUCCUGACCUACAAAGAAAUCAGCAGAUCAUUUCCUACAAAGAAGUGCUUUUUAUGCAGGAAAAUAUGCAUAUCAUGGCUCUGAAAGCUCAGUAUCAUGGCUUCUAAGCCCCAGGCCUUUGGGCUGGUAAAGAUCAAUCAUAUGUUGAAGAAAUAUAUUAGUGCAAGAACGAGUGUCUUAUCUUUGUAUCCAGGGUCAGGAACAGGCAAGUGCAUAUUUGUACUCUGCAUAUUUUGUUUCCUGCAGUAAUGUGGAAUUUCAUCCUGGUGUAAAAAAAUUAAAAUUUUUUUUAAGUUUCUUGUCCUUAUGGAUGUAGCAACCUGAAAAAAGAAUGUAGGCAGUGUCACCUUAGCUGCUUAAGUGGUCAAGGGCUGAGGCAUGUGUGUCUUGCACAGUUCCUCUCAGUCCUCAAGGACAAUUAUUCACUGGUCCCUGCCCCUAUAGUCUAGAUGCCACUAUCUCCAUUCUCUAAUUCCGCCAGUUCUGGCAAAAAGAAAAUGGUUUUCAAAUAUCUAGAUCAUGGAAGCAAAAAAUAGCAAAUAUAUUUAUUUUCCAUAAAUUAACCCAGGUUUUGGGAUUUAAUAUUUCAGUCACAAAAUUUGGAUGAAAUACCUUUAGGUGAAAUGUUAAAAUUCUACUGCCUAGCACUUGUUUUGCUGAAGAUAGAUAGAAGAUAGACGCUUAAUAAAGCAGACCCGCCACCGCGAUCAUAUCACCCCAGUGUUGAUUGAAUUACACUGGUUGCCAGUUGUAUACCGGGCCCAAUUCAAGGUGUUGGUUUUAACCUUUAAAACUCUAUACGGUUCCGGCCCAGUUUAUCUGAAGGAGCGCCUCCAGUAUCACCAAAUAUGCCGCCAAACAAGAUCAGCCUCACAGGACCUUCUCUCGGUCCCACCAACUAAGACAGCUAGGUUGGUGCGGACCAGGGAGAGGGCUUUUUCAAUUGUGGCCCCCACCCUCUGGAACUUACUUCCCUUUGACCUUCGGCAUGCCCCCUCCCUGUUGACUUUUCGCCGAGCCUUGAAGACCUGGCUCUUCAGGCAGACCUAUGGGAUCUCUGGGGUGGGUUAGGUUUUACACUGUAUUAAUGUAAGAUGGUCUUCAGAUGAGAUGUUAUGAUAUUAAUAAUGUGAUGAUUAUGUAUAUGAGCAGAUUGUAUUUUAUAUUGUAUUUUAUAUUGUACGUCGCCCAGAGUGCCCGUUCAGU